CCUCAAUGCUACCUGGUGAAGUGGGGAAUUUGCGCAGAGAAUCUCGCAGGUGGACAAACAGGCAUGACACUGUAUCCGCCAGCCAUGGACGUGAAGUUUUGGCGGUCAAGGAGAGCACAGGUUGACGAACAGCGGCACUUCUAUCUUGACUUGAGCACCACGCCACUCCAAGGUGAGGCUGAAAAGGAAACAGAUGAGGAAAUCUUCAACGCUAGCUGUGCUUCGCCUUCUGUAAUCGCGAAGUUUCGAAGUAUCAUUUUAGGUAACCACGAAAUUAUACAGACAAGCAACGAAAUCGAAAUUCAAGAUGAAAAUGAAUCGCUGGAGUCAGCAAAAGCAGAAGGGCCUGCGCCCUAGCGUCAAUAUUUCCUUUUCGACAUUAU